UGGCUUGUUGCGAGGGAUUGAAGCCUCGGGGGCGCGCACGCAGGAAGUCCCGUCGUUCACGUCACGUCGAGUCACGUCACUGUACGUCACGGGUCCGCAUCGACCCACACAAGAGAUGCUGAGGUGACAACCCUGAGCAGGAGAAACCAGUCUGGGACCCUUUUCCUACCUUCUUUUUCCCUCUACACGCCACGAUGGGAUCCAGCUCCGCGUCGCCCCGGGCCUCUUCCGCGGAUGUAGCAGCCCUUCUCUAACCACACCCGGGCUGUUCGUUUUCGGAUCAAGGCGCGAGUUGUUUGACAGGUUCCAGAUGCUCGGCCCCAUCUGAGACUGUCGCUCAAGAGUGGUGGAGGGCGCGGGGCAGAGGCAGCGUAGCGGUCCGGUUCUUCAGGCGGCAUGAGCGGGGGAGCGGAGCAAGCCGACAUACUCAGCGUGCUCGCCCUGGUCAAGGAACGAUGGAAAGUGGUGAAAAAGAUUGGGGGCGGUGGUUUUGGGGAGAUCUACGAGGCGCUGGACCUGCUGACCCGGGUCAGCGUCGCGCUCAAAGUGGAGUCGGCGCAGCAGCCCAAGCAGGUACUCAAGAUGGAGGUGGCCGUGCUCAAGAAGCUGCAGGGGAAGGACCACGUGUGCCGCUUCGUGGGAUGCGGCCGCAACGACCGCUUCAACUAUGUGGUGAUGGAGCUUCAGGGUCGUAAUCUGGCCGACCUGAGGAGGAGCAUGAGCCGCGGGACGUUCAGCAUCAGCACCACCCUGCGUCUCGGCCGCCAAAUCCUGGAGGCGAUCGAGAGCAUCCACUCGGUGGGCUUCCUGCAUCGUGACAUCAAACCAUCCAACUUUGCCAUGGGUCGCUUCCCCAGCACGUGCCGCACAUGCUACAUGCUGGACUUCGGCUUAGCCCGCCAGUUCACCAACUCGUGCCAAGAAGUCCGACCGCCCCGCCCAGUGGCAGGAUUCCGGGGAACGGUGCGUUACGCGUCCGUCAACGCACACAAAAAUAAGGAGAUGGGUCGCCACGAUGACCUAUGGUCCCUCUUCUACAUGCUGGUGGAGUUCCUUGUCGGCCAGUUGCCGUGGAGGAAGAUCAAGGACAAAGAGCACGUGGGCAAAUUAAAAGACACGUACGACCAUCGUCUGAUGCUCAAACACCUACCGGCGGAAUUCAGUGUCUUCUUGGAACACAUUUCCAGUCUGGACUACUUCACCAAGCCAGACUACCAGCUGUUGAUGUCGGUGUUCGACAACAGCAUGAAGACGUACAACGUGGUGGAGAACGACCCUUACGACUGGGAGACGACAGCCACCGACGGGACCCUGGUGAUCAGCGCCAGCGCCACCACGCCGCAGCACCUCACCCGCCUCACGCCCGCACACAUGGGCAUGGCCAACGCCUCUGUGAUUCCGGGCGACUUGCUGCGUGAGAACACAGAGGAGGUUCUGCAGGAUGAACAGCUCAGCGACGCUGACAACAACAUCGGCGCGCCCGAACGUGUGCCGGGUUCUCCGGGCCACCCGCCGCGGACGCAGGAGGCUGACGUGUGGGAGGAGCUGGACCGCAACCGCAACCGGAUACGCACGGCCUUGUGGAAGGCUGCUGCCGAAGAGGAGCAAAGCAACCCUCUGGGCAGCCAAGGCCACCAGAGCCCGUACGGAGGCCCCAGCGUGGGGUCGCCUGUCAAGAUGUCGUCGGAGGAGCGCGAGGGCCCUCUGCUCAGGAAGUUGCGCAACAUCCACAGCUUUGAGCUGGAAAGAAGACUGGGCCUGGAGUCCAAACCCAAUCCAGAACGAUUCCUUGAGGCCUGUUCUACAAAGCAGACGCCCAGCAGCGCCCAGCAGCAGCAGCAGCAACAGCAAAAACAAGAGGAUGAGGAGGCAGCCGAGGGGGACGCCAUCAUCCCAGUGAACCAGGCUCUAGCUCCACCUAACGCAGAGCGUCGCGAGCGGGUUUGGCACUACGAUGAAGAGUUCCUUCCCGGUGGCGGCGGCGAUGGCGGCGGGUCUCCCAAAUCACCAUCUCCCGCCUCUCUGGAGCACGGCGACGGGGCUGCCAGCAGCGGGGGCUUCGUGGCCCUCAACCUCAGCUCAGGCCGGCAGGACGUGGACUCACGGGACUGGGUUCUGGUGGAGCGGCCCAGAACCAAGGCCAGCUCCAGUCCUUCAGAACAGGAGGAGGAAGAGGCGGAGGUCCUGCAGGAACCGGGUUGGGAGCGGGGCGUGCUGAGUCCCGGCUCCGGGAAAGCAAAGCCGGACAGCACGGCUUCCUCCAAGGAGAGCGCGAAAGCCGACAAACUGGAGCUCAGUGUGGGCCCUGCUGAGGCCCUGCCGCCCGUCACCCCCACCAGCCCGGCCGAAGCGCUGACAGAGGGGAUCCUCACCCAGCACCCAACCUCUCCUCCGUCCCUUCCCGAGGAAGUGGCCACCCGGACCUCGGGGCCCAUCCCUCUGCGCUCCCCCAGCCCUCACACCCUCCUCAGCACCCUGUCGGACCCUCUCCACCAGCGCCACCCCCUGGCCAUGAGACGUAGCCAGUCUGCCGACCAGCACCGGGACCGGCCACCGUCUUCCUCCUCUUGCCACGCUUCCUUACCGCUUCCGCUCAGACCCUCAACCAGUCGCAGGAAACUGCCCGCCAUCCCGGCCGGCGCCGCCAACGCCAACUUCCCCUCUGUCAUUCGUAUAACCAGGGCCCAGCUGCAGCAGUUGACGGCUCAGCGUCCGUCCGGGUUGUCUUCGGCGUCGGGGUCGGACAGCGUCCACCAACCGGAGAGAUUCGGCGAAGCCGAAGCGGAGCCCAGCGCGGACUCCUCCCCGGGGACGCCCGCGGACCCGCCGCCGAUCAACGGGGAUGCCUCGAGUCCGGUGCCGAGCCGCCAAAGCGACUCCCCCCGCUCCCCCCGUAGUCCCUCUUUGCCGAACGGACACCAGUCGCCGACCCCUCCUUGCUCUGAGAAAGACAAUCUAGCUCCGGAAAAGCCGGGCAGCCAAAUGUCCCCGUCCGCGCCUCGACGCCGGCAGAGUCGCAUCCCCGUGCUGGAAGCGCCACCCCCGGGCUCAGCCAAAGAAAAACUGCUGCAGAAGAAAGCCAACAACCAGGUCCCGCUGGCAUCCCCCUGCGCUUCGCCAUCCCUCUCCGAUCGCCGCGCACCCGCCGCCGCGGCCCCCCUGGCCAGAGACCCGCUGUCGUCGGCCUCGGACCGCUCCCAGGAGGAGGACUCGCUCAUGGGCUCGCGCUCGGACCGACAGGGGGACGGCUCCCUGUCCUCCUCCUCCAGCCCCUUGUCCCGGCGGAGCAGGAUCCCUCGGCCCGUCCACUCCGCCUUGUCUGCAGAGCAGCUGGCCGGCCAAUUCCUGCCCCGCCCGCCUCCUGGGAAGCCGCCAUGCCGCAACACGGUGGAGGGCAGGAUCCGACGCUACCGCAUCCGAUCGGGCACGGGCAGCACCAGCGACUCGGACCUCCUGACCUGCCUGGCUCAGCUGAUGCGCGGCGCCCGCGGCUGCUCCGCCGCGCCCUCGUCCGGAAACUGGCGUAAGGGGCCGACGGGCGUCAGCAGCCUGACCGGUUCGCCACAUCACGUCCGCAGCUCCAGCGCCUCGCCUCGCAGCUCGUCUUCGCUGCAGCGUUCCGUCAGUUCCUCGCCCUCGCGCCACGAGCCCCGCGGCGGCUUCGGAGGAGGAGGAGGAGGAGGAGGAAGCUGCCUGGGCCGCAGCCGCUCGCCGCCCAGCUUUUCCGGAUCGCCUCCGCCGCGCCGCCUCUACCACCACCAGGAAACGUGCUGCAGCCGGCAGGCCCGCACCGCCGCCUUCCACCUGUCCAGGGCGAAGGGCUGCAGUCGGGAAGGCAAGUGCUCCAGCAAGCUGGCCAGAUAGUUGCCCGGGGAGGUGGACGCGGAACAGUUUUCGGUAUCCCUCCUUCUCUUUGCGAACCUCAUCGCCCCACCCCCCUUGUUCCGUUACCGUUUUCUAACGUUCAUGUUAUCGUGUCGGAUAACAAAAUAGUGCAGCUGUGAUUUGAUUUCUUGUCCAGGGAUCGGUAGUUGGUACUGUAGCACGGUGUUUUCCAACCUUUAUUGAGCCAAAUGUGAAAAAGCGCCAACGAUUCAGUCAUUCAACUACAAUUUCAAUCACGUCUUACAAUUCUAUUUAAAAAUGUUUGAUUUGCAGAUAGGACUGCAAUUUAUGAUUAAUGAAUGAAUGAAUGAAUUUGCCGAUUAUUUAUUUCUCCGUUUGAUUAUUCAAGGACUUUUUUUUUUCUCUACUUUCCAUUCCAAACAGGACUUAUUUCAGAUUAAUAGUGCCUAAAAUUCACAAAGAAAUUUCCUAUGAGUCACUUACUAGUUUGGUCCAUAACGUGUCUGACAUUUUUUCGGGGUCUUUGUGUAAUAGUGUUGCUAAGAAGCAGGAACUUUUUUUUUAAAGCAUUCUAGUAACAGUACAAUGAAUAUGCACAGGCAACAAGAAAAUCAUACUUUUAAAAACAAAAACCUCAUUAUUAUUAUUAUUAUUAUUGCACUGGCAGGAAUGCGCUUCCCAUAGUUGAUGGCAUAGAUAGCCGAAUGAAGAAUAUUCCUUUCUUUUUGCGUAAAUGAAGAGUAAUUUUCGGCCCGGCUAAGAUGAAAUUGGAUAACUUCCCCUGGGCACAUUAGCGGUUGGGAAUCACUGCGGCAGAGCGUCCUUCGGUAAGUCGCUUCCCCUCCUGUUAAUUUAUUUCGCGUUUACAGUGCAGUAUAUAGUCACUUAUUUAUCACUACUAUGAACGCACUCGGUUUGCAUACUGAGACUGUUUGGGCUUUUCAACAAAGCCGCGCCACGAUUGUACAGUUGUAUUCAUGGAGAUAUUUCUUUGGAUGCCGUUAGACAAGUCCCCUCUCUCCUUUUUGGGUGUGCUCCACCUGAACGAAAUCGCUACUAAGAUACAAUCAGUCGUGUCGAGUGCGUGGAAACGCGCAAACCUUCCUGUGCCUACUGAAGUCCCUUUUAUGCAGCCUGCCCCUUUUUUUUUUUUUUUUUUUUUUGUGGACAGGGAGAUUGCAUCAAUAUUCCCCCUCCGAGGUUGCAACAAAAGCCCAUGUUGAGCCGACCUGACAAUAUUCCGCUUUCGGAGCUAGUAACAGUUUCCACGCCUUUUUCCAAGUCAUUUCAAAUCAUGACAGAGGUCAGGAAGGGUCUUGAAUGCAAAGGAAUGCUUUCAAAUUGCCCGGUCCGGGAUGUGACGUUUUCACUACCUUUUUUCCGUGUCAAUAUGAUCCAUGGCACUGACGAUUGAGGGAUCAACAAUGUACUGAAAUUCCAAAAAAAUGCUUUUACGGGUGUCAAAUUAAACACCCAAUACUCACUUCUCACGCCUUGUUAUAUUGAAAGCAAUUUACACUGUCCGACAUUUAUUUUUCAUCCCAGUUGCCGAGUUCUGUGAUCUUUCUUGUGAUAACGAGCUUGCGUCGCUAAGAAGCAGGAACUAAAGACUUUAUUUUUAACUCUUCGAAUAACAAUAGAAUGAAUACACACGGGCGACAACACUAAGCGUGUCGGUGAUGAGUGAGCGAGUUGAUUUUUCCUGGCACUUUUGGGCAGUUGUUGUAUUUUGAAACAGUUUAGCGCCACUCAUUUUGACGUCUCAUCUAAAUUGUAAGCACUCGAGUGAGGGGGGGGAACAAAAAGGAAUGAGCUUAAGGCGUGGUUGUAAACGAGACCGAAAAGUAAGCGCUCUUUGAUUCCAGCACCAAAGCUUCUUCUUCGCUUGUACGAUUUAAAAAAAAAAAAAGCUUCUUGUCCAACGGCACACUAAUGCAUCCCUGCAUGCGGAAUUCACUACUAAGACAAAAUAAGCUGCAUCUUUUUACCUCACUGUGACUAAUACGUUGAAAAGCUUAUCACGCAAACUUGAUGAUGAUGUGCCGUUUUGUGAGUUGCUGCUCUCCCGGCCAAUUUAGUCGCAUUUCUUACAAAAGAAAUGAACAGUAUUUACGAGGUGACUGACAUACUUUAUUUGGGCGCAACCUGACCACAUCUCGAAACAUUUGGUGUUAUUAUGGCUAAAUUUGACUGCCGGUGCUAUUUUUGAAUUCCUUCCUACUAAAUUCAAUGAGAGGAAUCUGCCUGGCCCUAUCCGGGGACACUAUACCGAUAUACAAACGCUGCUGGUUAGGAUAUUUUGCAGAAUAGAAUUGCGAUAAAUGACUUAUUCUUUGUUUUUGGGGCCGCAAUGUUUCUCGUUAUUUUUGUCUCAUGUUGUAUAAAAAUCAAAAUCGGGUGACGUUUUGCCGUUACAGCUAAUAUUGGCUAAUUAAAUCGUCCGCCAGAGAUUGAAUCAGUUAAUUUGUCAGGCUCUAAGGGUACAACAGGAUGGACGCUAUUUGACAAAAUGACCUCUUUUUUAAAAUUAUUUUUUAUUCAAGAGGAUCUUGUAAAUGGAGAGCAAGUCGAUAGCGUUCAUACAGAGCUAAGGCAAACACAAAGCGAAGCUAAUGUUAGCACGUGCAUCUGCUCAACCACUCCCUUUGGAGCCCUGACUGAUCAAGUAUUACAAAUAGUUUUUUUACUAGCGAGUAGAGCUGUGUAGCUACAGUGCAAUGGAACAUUUUUUAUCUACACUGAUUUUGAAUGAUUGUGAUUUUUUUUCUUUUUUUUAAGUGCAACCUCUGAGCACCUCCUCCCGCUUCUCUUUACUCAAAUAGGCUGCGCGGAUGGAUCACCUUGCCAAAUAUUUUGAUACAACUCAUGCUCUGAAUGGUCAUGUGUCAGCGUGUAUGUCGCGCUGCUUGUAAGCAUGACCACCGUGCCGCUUGUUCGCCAAUUGGCGUUCAAUUUGCUAGUCGGCAUUUGGUCUGCUGCCUUUAACGCCUCUUCUAUGGCCCCUUUUAAACGCAAAGAGAUCCUUUUUUUUGCACUGUAAAAUAAUCCCAAAUUCGUUUUAAACAGGCUUUAGCAGAAGUGAAGGUGAAACAACAGUAAAACGGCUACAUUGGAAAUCUCAUCACCUUUUUGUGUUAUUAACGUACACAAGUGGCGUGCAGUCGUAGCGUUAGCGCAUUUUGUUUGUCGUAUUAGAAAGGGGUUGCUGUAUGUUUACGAAAUACUUACGUCUUAUUUAUUCAUGGGGACAUUUUGCUGGAUAUGGCCAUCCAUUAUUUGAACUGAUAUUUAUUUUUUAAUAAUUUUAUUAAUGGUUAUGUAUGUAUGUGUGGGUUUUAUUCCAUAAAAUUCUCCAUUGGAAAGAAUGUAUCAAGUGUUUUUUUUUUUUGCAUUGUAUAUAAUUGUAAUUAUUUAAGUUGAUGAAAUUAUUUGUAUCAUAUCAAUGCCUUGUACAGUGAUUUUUCUUGUUCUUAUUUAGUUGUUGUUUUUUUUUCUUUUGAAAUUAUUUUGUAUUUUAUUUUUAUAAACUGGUUAUAAAUAAAAUACACAUUCCGCAUGCAUA